UCGAAAACGAUUUACGUGAUCACAUUUUGAGGCAUUUGCCAGUGGAGACUCGCAAGUUAUAUCAGUGCAAUAUAUGCCAGAAGAAGUUUACACAAAGCAAUAAUCUUACUAUGCACAUCCGUAUUCAGCAUAGUGGAAUUCGGCCUUAUAAAUGCGAAGUAUGCUCGUUGAGUUUUCGUUGGUCGAACUCCAUGAAACGUCAUCGAAUGCUUAAACACUUUAAGAAUGAAGACAAACAUGCAAAAAAUACACUACCCAAGAAUAUAUUGUGUAACAGUGAAAACUUCGUGUGUGAUUAUUGUGGAAAAUGCUUCAGUGUCAAAAACAAUUUACGUGCUCACAUUUUGACGCAUUUGCCAGUGGAAGCUCGCAAGUAUCAAUGAGAUAUGCCAGAAGAAGUUAGUAAAAAACUCUCAUCUCACUGUUCACAAACGUAUUCAUAGCGGAGUACAGCCUUAUAAAUAUAUGCGACAUAUGCUCGUUCAGUUUUAAAACAAUUAAGCAACAUGAAACAAUUUAGAAGACGGCACUUUAUGAAAGAAGACGAAUAUAUACAAGAAAUAUAUUAACCAAAAAUUAGUUUCGAGAAACUACUUGACUAAGGUCUUCUGCUUAAAAUAAUAUGUAAAGGAUUGGGUCAUAU